CUGAGAUUGGCCGGCUAUCAGUUUCCUUCUCACCUUCCCGUUGAUUAAAGAAAAAAUAUGUUUGAUACCCACUAGUUCUAGUCUGAACAACCAUCUAUUGACAGUAAUCUUUCACAUAAUUCUUAACUGAUGCUUGCACUGACUGGAUUACCUACCUACCUACUUACCAUUCAAACGAGAGAAAGAAAGAAAAACCAAACGUGUGCUCAAAGAAACCAUCAUAGUGUGUCGGUGCACGAUGGACGCCCUUCCGACUCGGUUGGACAAGCUAGAAGAGCAUCUUGAUGAGCUUUCUAGCAACCCUGAGACACCCAUCGACGCAGCUCUCUUUGACCAUGUCGAGCUUCAGGUCACAGAGGCAAACAUCCCUCACCUAAUGCCCCGACUGCUUCCCAAGGUCGCCUCGAUUCUAAGGAUGUACCAGAACGACCCCCAGGUCCUAUGUAAUUUGGCCCUCAAACUACUGCAACAGGCAACUCUGUCCCAGGUUCUCUCUCUCACUUCGGAAGAGGAUCUCGCCGGGGCUCUGCAAUCCCCCGCACCAUCGGCCAAUAUUCUUGCCAUGGAAAUCAUUGGCAAGGCGGCGGCAACCCCCGCCGAGGUUGCCAUUUUGUCUGUCUCGACGCCUCUAGUUACUGGAUUUCUUUCGUGUUGGCUCUCUUCACCAGAUGUGGGUGUUGGAGAGCGAGGGAUUAAAGUCUUGGAGGCACUGCUCGAAACAGACUGCCCAAUGCCUGGUAAUGAAAUCGGCGAUGGCGACAGGACGCAGCUAGCUAAAAAGAGAGCUCCUGGGCAUGGGAAGCUUUGGCGUCGACUGUUCCAAGACAAGGAUGUCUUUAGCUUGUUGAUAGAGCUUCUCGAGGGACGGCAUUUUAACAGCACUACUCAGCCACAACAGCAGAGUCUGGCACAUGGUCGGAUUCUACGCCUAGUCCCCACUCUGGCACGCAUCAACCUCGCUGGCAUCACGCAAUGUGGCUUCCCAGAGUUACUCCCAAAAGGAAGGAGAGCCGUUGGUCAGACGGCCGGACCAGACAGCCUACUCCACUAUGUCACGCUACGUAUGGUGGACAUGGAGGACCCGCUAAUGAGACUCUCACUUGUCGAUUUUAUUGAGACGCUGGUGCUAGAGCUGAGAUCAUCCGAGUACUCGCCAGCAAAGGUAGAGACGGUACGCGGUCUUUUGAGGGAUGCUACGGCCCUAGAUCAUUCGUUGACGGAGACGCUGCGGACGCUACCAAAUAGAACCGAGGAAGCCGAUGCGAUGAUGGAUUGGGUCAAUGAGAUUUUGCCUGCCUCUGCUACGAGAGUGCAGUGAUUUUGGUGUUGAGACGGGAAAGACAAAAAAAGAAAUGAUCAGCGGAUGCUAUUGAUACCUCCAUGGCCUGUAAAAUAGCGUCUAGCAGACUGAUUGGCGCCCAUGAGGCAAAUUAGAAGAGCUCUCCAUAUCUAGUGGCAGCUUGUGGGCAGUGAUGCUCUGUUUGCGUGCGGAUCCGAGCUGUGGGCAAGAGUAUGCCGGCAUGCCUUUGAUGUAUUCCAUGCCCUUUUUGGGCUUUUCCUCGGACUCUUGGCUGCAGUGCAGUGUGUUUUUGCCUCUUGCUUGGUUACAUAACAGCAAAAAAACAGUCUAACCACAAGAUGUCCG